GAGGGCUAGUAAAGUUAAAAAUGCUUUGUUAUCAAAACACCAAUGUUUAUUGCUUAACUGCGAAAAAGCUCUCAUUAGCUUGACUAACCCUGCACCGGUGCUGCCGAGUGAGAUGAUGUCUAUUUUGCAGGAAUAUGAGGACAUUUUCUCGGAGGAUAAACCUAUAGGACUACCACCCAUACAUGAUGCAUCUCAAAGCCACGUUUGGAGACCAGGAGAUUAUCUAGGACGUUCAAGUCAUACACCACAUGAGAUUUUGGUCAUUUUACUUCACAUGUUUCUCGAAGAGCCUAAAAUGGAUCUUUCUUCACUUGGUUCAUUUCAUACUUAUCAAUGGCGACCAGGAGAGUUUUUAGAUACCUUUAGAGAGAAUGAUUUGGUCAGCAACAAUGCCUUGAUCCAAGAAGAACCCCCGGAUCCCACACCACUUCCAUUAAUCAUGAUGAUACCAAGUACCGAACACACUGUGAACCUUACUCAGGUAAGUAAUGUUUAACUCGAUUUGUUUCUCAUGUUUCAAGAACUGUUACUAUGAGUUUAUCAUAUUUAGGAAACAUUGAGAAAGAGUUAGAUUUAUUUAAAGAAUAUUUGGAACCAAACUCUUGUCUUAGGAUGAAAGUAAAACAUGAACAUUUCAAGGAUAAUGCAUUGAUCAAAGCUGAGCCAUGUUUACUUGUUUAUAGUGAUUCCAUGAUUGUGAUAACGCACUUGCUCUUUGCCAAAGCUGUUGACAAUAUUGCAGGUAUAAAGGAAGAGCCACCAGGCUUAGAUGCUCUCUCAUUUAAUCUCUUUGAGAGGACUGGAAUUGGAGUUGUUUUGAUGCCAAACAUCGUUUAUCCAUUCAACCGAACAAGAAGAAAAAGCGACAAUGCUUAUGAACUUAAGCUUCAAGGUAAGUAUAAUGUGAGUUCCAGUUUCAAUGAUUCUUACUUGGUUCUUUUCAUUGUAGGUGAAUUGGAUUUGAGGUCAAAUCCUUUUCAAGUGGGAGAGGAUGAUGUGAUCAUGGAAAGCACAAAGGAAUUGGAACUUGAUAAAGAGCUUGUAGCCGAGGAAAAGCUUGAAGCAGAGGAGAAGCUUGAACCUGAGGAGCAUUUUGAAUCAGAGAAUGAGCUUUUAGAGGAGAAAGAGUAUGGAAAAGAUGCUAUCUUAACCUCACUGGUUUUGAUACAUGAUCAUCAAUGGGCAUGUGUCUCAUAG